UUGAAACGGUAAACAAAGUCUCUGCAUCUGGGAAAGAGCGACAAACAAAGAGAGCAGGAAAGAAGGAGAUGCACUGGGAGACUGUCAUCAAACCCGGAGACAGAAACACAGACCGCAAAGACUCGAAAAUAAAGAUGGAGGUUUGUCAGACUGGAUAUUACACAGAAGACUUCAGGACACAGGAAGUGCCAGCUGGCUUUGACUUUGCAUCUUAUGACUACCCUGGUGAAGACCUGUCUUUUCUGUUAGACAGCAAAACACCCGGACAGUACAUUACAGAGAGCAGCUACUGUCAGCCACCAAAAGUGUCUCACUCUUAUGACAUUAAAGUGAGUGCUAGCGACACUGGCCUCUUCAACCUGGACUCAUACCAGGAGUUCAACUGGUGGGCCUCAUAUCCACAUGCAGAUGGGCUGACUGUAGACCAGUCGCGAACUGGAUACCAGGAGUCUCCACAGACAUACCAGAGCCUGGUGACCCAGAACGGACAGUUCAGUCCGGCCGUAGAAAGCAGCCACAGCCCUUUUCUAACUGGAAAAGGAUCAAAUACAUUACAAAGUGAGACAGAUCAGAGCUACUCGUGCCACUCGGCUGAACUGUACGACUCUGACAGACAGAGGCAGUCGUCCUCCUUCUGGCCUGAAUAUUCGUCUCCCAGCUUCACUGCCCCCAUACCACACCCGCCUCUGUCCUCCUGCCCCUCAAACCACGGCCCUCUGUCCUCAGAGCAGUACUGCCCCCGUGUGGCCAAACGCAAAAACACACACCCGCAGAGGCCAGACAGGGAGGGCCAGAUGCCAGGAAUGUCAGCGUAUCCAGGUUCUGGUCCAAUCCAGCUGUGGCAGUUUUUACUGGAGUUACUUCUGGACUCUGCCUGCCGAACCUUCAUCUCCUGGACGGGAGAUGGCUGGGAGUUUAAGAUGUCUGACCCUACAGAGGUGGCCAAGCGCUGGGGCCAGUGCAAGAACAAACCCAAGAUGAACUAUGAGAAGCUGAGCCGUGGCCUGCGUUACUACUACCACAAGAACAUCAUCCACAAGACUGCAGGCAAACGCUACGUCUACCGAUUUGUCUGUGACGUGCAGGGCAUGCUGGGAAAGACAGCGCAGGAGGUCCUGACCAGUCUGAACGUUUUGCCCACAAACACAGAGACAUGGCAGUGUCCUGGGGGUGCGGCGUCGGAGCUCAGCAGUGAAACGUGGGCGUCACAGUAGAGAAAGGGUGCCAGGACUCUUAGUGCUGCUGGCUGAGAGUGAUCAGCACAUUUUAAAGGAGUACUACAGCCUACAAAGUCAACACUGACUCCUCAAGCCCCGGCUGAAGAGUAUCCUCACAGGGGGAUGUUGCUGCAGGCAGACCAGGAGUCCAUUUAUAAAUGCAGCAUUUCAGGGAGAAAAAGUAACCAGUUUUUAAAGAGAAUAUGUUGCUUUUUCUUAAAUAAUAGAUCAUACUUAAUACGUCCAGUACUUCCAAUACCUGACCCAAAAACAUAUAGCUCCUUAACCUCAGGGCUAAAUAACUGCUGCACAGGAACUAGCUCGGGGCAUUUUAAGCACUAUAUCAAUAGAUACUUUCUGCAAUUUCUGGGGCCAUUUUUUCAUGUGUUGUGUUUCUAAGAAGAAAUUGAUUUGUAAAUAGUGUGUAUAUUAUUUCCAUGUAGAAUUUUUUGCAUUUAUAUAUAUAUUUUUUUUUUCUAUGCAAAACUCAUGUCUACCUCCCUUGUUAAUCAGAAUAACAUAAACUGAGAUGAUUUUCAGUCACUCGCUGUGAAAGUUUUAGCCUGUGUGGUGAUGAUGUGUAAAUAAACUGUAUAUAAACAUGGA